AUGUUACAACUUCAACGCAAAAAAUUAAAGAAAAAUUCCCCGACAAAAAUUGAUCAAGAUAAUUUAUGUUAUCAACUAUCUUCAGAUGUUAUAGUCAAAAUUCUAUCGUAUCUACAAGAUGUUAGUGAUCUUGGAUGUUGUUUAUUUAUUAGUAAACUUUGGAAUUUAGCUGCAUCACAACCAUCUUUAUGGAAGAAAUUUGUUAAAGAAGAAUUCGGUGAUUACUUUAAUCAUGAUGACAAUUGUAAUUGGUUACAAGUUUAUAAAAGAUUUCAUGAAUUGAAUAUUCAAGAAAAUUUAUGGAUAAAUAUCGACGACUUAGAAGACACUGUUAACUGUCCUUUUUGUCAGACUGAAUUAUCACCGUUUAAAGAAGAUAUUGAAUAUUACGUAUAUUGCGAUUGCAAUCAUCAAUUCCGAAUAUGUGUCGUUACAAAAAAACAGCGCGAUGAAGCAAAUAAAAACUAUUGUAGAAAAUACGACCUAUUUAACUAA